CUCCCACAAUAUCCGGGAGACUUCAUUGACCAUCAUGGCGCUCUCCAAAACGGUCUACAAUCUGCUCUUCAGAAGAUCGUCCACUUUCGCCGUGACUGUAGUCGUGGGCGCUGUUUUCUUCGAGAGGGUGUUUGAUCAGGGUGGAAAUGCUUUGUUUGAAGGCAUAAAUCGGGGGAAACUCUGGAAACACAUCAAACACAACUAUGAGCAGAAGGAGGAAUAAUAACGGUGGAUUUGAAGCAGCCGGUGGAGCCUUCAGUCAUUCAUUCUGUCAUCAUCCAGCUCCCAUGUGGGCCUGACUGAGGAUCCGCUGGUGUUUUCAGUGUCCUGCGACCGGCGUUUUCCACCAUGCAGCCGGAUUGAAGAUCUGCGGACACCAACAGAGACUGAUCACUGAAUCCUGAUCAAAUGUCUGAUCACACGACCUCCUCAUUAUUGUGUGCUUAGUCACAUUCUUCUUCUUCGUUUGUAAAUGUGCUUAUCAUUUAGAUCUGUAUGAAUAAACUCAACAACCCUGAAACUGCUGAA